UAUCUAACAUCCGGGCACUUCACUACUAAUCUUUUCUAUUUUCGACACACGGCAUAACGAGUUAUUUGAUUACAAAAGCGCAAAUUUUGAAGUUAUGUUAUCACGGUCAAUACGCGCAGAAACUCGCAGCAGAGCGAAAGAGGACAUCAAAAGAGUGAUCACUGCUAUUGAUAAAGUUAGAACAUGGGAGAAGAGAUGGGUUACUAUUGGCGAUACUACUAUGAAAGUGUUCAAAUGGGUGCCAGUGUCAAGUUCACAGCCGAGUUCGCAGAAAAUAUUUGGAAAGCGUGUAGCACACACAUCAAAGAACCGUGUAGGUAGAGUGACGGCGGCUGAUAAAGAUAUAUCCCAGUCCAAUGGAGAAGACAGUAAUCAAGGAAGUGUAUAUAUAGAUGAGACGACACGUCAGUCACAGGGCUCUGACAGUGGGUCAGGGAACAUCAAUGAAGAUUCCAACUUCUCGUUUGGUGGAGAUAUGAAAAACAGCAAUGAAGAUAGUAAUGAUACCAAUAUGAGUGCAGCAUUAAAGUUGGUGAGAAAUGAUGUAAAUGGGGAGGAAUCAAAUGAUUCAUCAGAGACUGGUUCCCCUGCAAAGAAAUUAAAAACGGGAGACAAACCAGCAAGUUGAGGACAAGUCUAUUAGUCAAUAUUUACCAUUGUCUGUAUUAUAUCAUACCACUGCCGUCACUAUAGUAACAGUAGCCUUGGUAUAUCACUCAGAUUUACAAACAUUAUCUGAACCAGUUUUUUUCCCCAAAUUCUUGCUAUAUUGACAAUAAAUGAAAUAAAAAUU